AGACCACCUUCUUUUCAUGUGAUGUAUUGAAAAAAAACUUGUGUUUAGUGGUUCUUCUUCUUCUUCCCGUGAUCUGAUAUUCUGAUAGAAGCCAUUAGAUCAUACAGUGAAGGGUCAUAUCUAACUUGUUCUUGAUCUGUCUAAAGGUGGUUACUAUGUCUAUGGAGUAGAAUCAGUUCUGGAGGAAUGGUUUUAGUUGUGUUGUGAAGAAGUAUCAGCUGUGGUUUUCUUUGGAAUUUGAUGGGUAAAGAGAGUCCGUUGGAGAUUACCAAUAGCGGAGUCAAUGAUCACGAUUCUCCACCUGCCAAAAACGAAGAUCAUGAAUCACCACCACCACCACGUUACAGUUCAGACAAAGACACGGGCUUACCAACUUGCCGUGUGUGCCAAUGUUCAGAAUCCGACAGAAGAGGAGACGCUGCUCUAGGCUUUUUAGGCAUCACACCUCCUGUUUCAGAACCUCGCAAAAGCAAUGCAGACCAAGAAACAGCUGAUCAUAAAACCUCAGCUGUUAAAACCAGCGGCUUCAUCGAACUGAUAAGUCCAGAUGGAGAAGUGUUCGUUUGCGCAAACGAAGAUAUAGAAAUGGGAGCUUGGCAGCAUAGAGACACGUUGCUAGAACUAGGAUGCUCUUGCAAAAACGAUCUCGCUUUGGUACACUACGCCUGCGCGUUGAAAUGGUUUGUUAACCACGGAUCAACCGUCUGCGAGAUAUGUGGAAACGUUGCGGUGAAUAUAAGAACAGUUGAUCUCAACAAAGUGGUCAUAGCGUUGAAAGACUACGCGGCGCUGAGAGAAAGAACAGCUGAUGGAGAUCCGAAUCCUGUAGCGGUUAAUAACAACAACACGAGCUCUUCAGGGAUAGAUCCUGAUGCGGUUGCAGCCAUUAGAAGGCAAAGGCUUAGUGAGAUUUCGUUAUGGUUUGGUCCUCAUUGUCCAAACAACAAUAAUAGUAGUAGUAAUUCAGCUGCUGCAGGAGCUGCUUCUUCCCAAGUUACAUCUGAACAGCCUUUGGGUUUAGUAAGCUUUGAUAUAUUGCCUAUGGAGAGCCGUGCGACUAAAUGGGCUGUGGAAGGUACAGGGAUACUACUCGCUACAGGAUUACUCACUGUUACUUUGGCUUGGCUCAUUGCUCCUCGUGUUGGAAAAAGAACUGCAAAGAGUGGACUGCACAUACUCCUGGGUGGACUCUGUGCUUUAACAGUAGUCAUCUUCUUCAGAUUUGUAGUGCUGACUAGGAUCAGGUACGGACCAGCACGUUACUGGGCAAUAUUGUUCGUCUUCUGGUUUCUAGUGUUUGGCAUUUGGGCAUCACGUUCUCACGCUCAUACUUCCACUUGAACAUUCUUCUUCUCCCAUCCUCAUUCUCCUGGUUUGUUGUGUUAUAUAUUUUUGGUCUGUAUUUGUCAAUAUCGUUUACUUUCUUCUCUUGAAGAAAAAUGUACAAUUAGUUAUCCCGAUAAAAAGAAGUUGAAUGUUUACUUCUCAAAUCACAACAAAAUAUCUUCACCUCAGUUGUCAUUUCUUUCCUGUUCUAAACAGAUUUGAAUGAAAAAGAAGUUUUCGUUGA